CAUAAACCUCACCACAUGUCGCUGCCGCAGCUGUAGAGGAGCACACAGUGAGCGGAGAGGUGUGCUUCUUCUGGGGGGAUUAUGUCGACGGCGUUUCCACACUGACCACCGGUCACCGAGACCGUCUCUCUUCGGCAGAAACAAACAAACAACAACAACAACAACCGGAAUGUUGUCACACUCUCUGUCAGCCAGGUCGGUUUCCACAGAGCAGUGAGGACGCCGCUCAUCUACCAUGAGCUGUUUGGAUGUUAUGUACCCAGCCUAUGGACAUUACGCACCCUACCCGACUGUUCCAGCUUUCAUCAACAGCUUACAGGCUCCCACAGGUCUGAGCAACACUUCUCCUCUCUGCCGGGAUUUUAUGGACACUCCCAGGGGUCCCGAGGGGAUGUCUGGGGCCCCAGGCGCAGGAGGAUCAACUUCCUCUUCGUCUUCAUCCAACUCUUCCUCUUCCUCCUACACGCCGGCAGCUUUAAGGCCAGAGGAGGGCCCCAAGGAGAAGCAGGAGGCCCCUGAGGCAGAGUACCUGACUUCUCGCUGUGUCCUCUUCAGCUAUUACCAGGGAGACAUCAGCAGCGUGGUGGACGAGCACUUCUCCAGGGCCCUCAGCUCCUACAUGGACGGGGAGGGCAAACGGCGGGCACCAGACCAACAGGGCACAGAUACCCCUUCACCUAGCAGUCGGCGAAGCUUCCCCCCAUCCUUCUGGGACAGUAACUACUCCUCGCCGCAGAGCCGCACGCACUGUGAGACUGGUGCGCCUUCCUAUUCCAUGGACCCAUACGCAUCAGCAUUGCACCCGGGCCUGCCGCACCCACACGCUCAUCAUCACUCCCACCCUCACCCAUCAGAUAGCUGGGGAUAUCCCCAGGCCCCAGCCUAUGGCCACCCACGGCCUCUCCACGAACUGUAUUCACAGUCAGGUUUGGAGCCCCACUACGGGCCCCUGCUCAUGCCCACGGUGAGGCCACCUCAUCCCCUAACCUUGCCAAGCCACUAUGAUGUGAGCAAGCUGGAGCCCACUGCCUCCUGGCCCGGCCUGCUUCCACCAGGAGACGUCAGCCAGACGCUGGCACUCAACAUGGACGCAGGCCUCCAGCAGCACAAGAAAGGCAAGGAGCUGUACUGGUUCUAACGAGCCCUUCAGUCACAUUGACCAGCCAUUACCAGAUCCAAUUAGUCCCUGGACCUGCUCCGCUAUUGAAGCAGCGUGUCCCUUUAUCCCCCCACACACUCCAUCCCCAUCCAUCC